AUGGGAAACCGCAAAAGAAUUUUCGAUGUAUUAAGGACAAUAAAUGCUGCAUCAUGCCAAUGUCCAGCUCAUAGCUACAGAGGUAAUUUUCAGGUCCCAAACGCUGCUCCCCUUAAAGAUUAUGCUUUUGAAAUAAAAUGCCCAAAUCUGCGAUGCGGGAUAGGUGUGACGCGCGAAGUUGGUCAAGAUCUAGUAAAUAUGAACGCAAAAAAUGUGUGUGUAAUGACUGACCCUAAUGUUGUCAAAUUGCCGCCUUUGAAGACCACUCUUGAGUCAUUGACCAAGAACGGGAUCAAAUAUAAAGUUUUUGAUAAAGUACGAGUAGAGCCUACAGAUACUAGUUUUAAGGAAGCUAUAUCGUUUGCAAAGGCGAACAACUUUGAUAGUUUCGUAGCUGUUGGUGGUGGCUCUGUCAUUGAUACCCUUAAGGCAGCCAAUUUGUACUCCUGUGAUCCCACUGCAGACUUCCUGGACUAUGUCAACGCGCCUAUAGGCAAAGGAAAAGCCGUUAAAGUAAAGGUGAAGCCAAUGAUUGCAAUACCAACUACAAGUGGCGCCGGGAGCGAGACAACUGGUGUUAGUGUAUUCGACUAUAAACCGCUACAGGUUAAGACGGGCAUCUCUCAUUACGCGCUGAAACCUACGCUAGCAAUCGUGGACCCUUUACAUACUCUCACUAUGCCCGAGAAGGUUACAAAUUACUGUGGCUUUGAUAUAUUGUGCCACGCACUGGAGAGUUUUACUGCGAUACCUUAUAAUGAAAGAGGGCCUGCUCCUUCCAACCCGGCGCUUAGACCGUCCUACCAAGGCAGCAACCCAAUAUCUGACGUGUGGGCUCGUUUCGCUUUACAAACAAUCAAGAAAUACUUUAGCCGUGCGGUAUUCAACCCGGACGAUCUCGAGGCGCGAUCCAACAUGCACUUGGCGUCAAGCAUGGCGGGUGUUGGCUUUGGUAAUGCUGGCGUUCAUCUGUGCCACGGCCUCGCUUAUCCUAUUGCCGGCAAAGUCAAAAGCUUUAAACCAGAAAAUGAUGUUUAUGGCGUAAAGCCAAUCAUCCCCCACGGCCUGUCUGUUGUGAUGACAGCACCUGCAGUAUAUCGGUUCACAGCACCGAGUGACCCUGACAAACACCUCGAAGCAGCCAGCUUGUUGGGGUUUGAUAUCACACGUGUGAAGCAAGCCGACGCCGGUAAAGUGCUCGCUGAUACGAUUAUUAAGUAUAUGGAGACGAUGAAGAUCGAAAAUGGACUUAAAGCUCUCGGUUAUGACACAGAAGAUAUACCUAGUUUAGUUAAGGGAGCUUUACCACAGAAAUCUUUAUUGGCGAUGUCGCGGAUCAAGCAGUCUGAAGAGGAUUUAGCGAAACUCUUUGAAGACUCGCUCACUAUUUACUAA